AGGUUCUCCGCUGCUCUCGCGGGCCACCUCGUUUUCCUUCCCCCGAGGGGCGCGACUCCGAGGGUUCCGUUCCGCCGCGGGGGCGCGGCCGGGGGCGGGGCUGCUGGUGGGCUGCAGCUGGCGGGAAGGGUAGGGUUGGCGGCCUGCCCGGAGGCUCCCUCACGACCGCCGGAAGACAAAAAAAGGCUCGGCGGGGGCGUCGUCGCCCCUCGCCCGGAACCCAGGUCCCCGUUUUUCCGGCUGGGCAGCUCGAGACCCGCGAGCGUCGGGAGCGUGGCGGGCUUGGUCGAGGCGGGGCCGCCAUAGCGCCAACCCCUAUCUCCGCCCCGCUCCUUUCGAGCCGUAAGAAACUCUAGUUGGCUUGCUUUCCAUAGUUUGGUUCUGUCGUUUUAAAAAGUCCCUACCUCUUACCUCCGGACUCCAAUCCUAGAGCUGACUAAGGCAGUGAGUGUUUGGGAGCCAAGCCUGCACGGCGGCCGUCGCCCGGGCGUCCCACCUCCUCGCAGCAGGUCGGGCGCCGCGGUCCCAAGAGCAUCGCGGAGAUGAGGAGCAGGAGCAAUUCCGGAGUCCGCUUGGACGGAUACGCGCGGCUGGUGCAGCAAACCAUCCUGUGUUACCAGAAUCCUGUCACGGGGCUGCUGUCAGCCAGUCAUGAGCAGAAGGACGCCUGGGUGCGGGAUAACAUCUACAGCAUCCUGGCUGUGUGGGGCCUGGGCAUGGCCUACCGCAAGAAUGCCGAUCGCGACGAGGACAAGGCCAAGGCCUACGAGUUGGAGCAGAACGUGGUGAAACUGAUGCGAGGUCUUCUCCAGUGCAUGAUGAGACAGGUGGAUAAGGUGGAGAAGUUCAAGCACACUCAGAGUACCAAGGACAGCCUGCAUGCCAAAUACAACACCGCCACCUGCAGCACUGUGGUGGGCGACGACCAGUGGGGCCACCUCCAAGUGGAUGCCACCUCCCUCUUCCUCCUGUUCCUGGCUCAGAUGACUGCCUCGGGUUUACGUAUAAUUUUCACCCUUGAUGAGGUGGCCUUCAUACAGAAUCUUGUUUUCUACAUAGAAGCUGCCUAUAAAGUCGCUGAUUAUGGAAUGUGGGAACGUGGAGAUAAGACUAAUCAAGGCAUUCCAGAGCUGAAUGCCAGCUCUGUAGGAAUGGCCAAGGCAGCCCUCGAGGCAAUUGAUGAACUGGACCUUUUUGGAGCCCAUGGAGGUCGCAAGUCCGUGAUCCACGUCCUGCCUGAUGAGGUCGAACACUGCCAGUCCAUUCUGUUCUCCAUGUUGCCAAGAGCAUCGACGUCCAAAGAGAUUGAUGCUGGGCUUCUUUCCAUUAUUUCUUUCCCGGCCUUUGCAGUGGAAGAUGUGAACCUUGUGAAUGUGACCAAAAACGAAAUUAUUUCCAAGCUCCAGGGACGUUAUGGAUGCUGUCGCUUCCUUCGAGAUGGUUAUAAAACCCCGAGAGAGGAUCCAAACCGAUUGCAUUAUGACCCUGCUGAACUCAAGCUCUUUGAAAACAUUGAAUGUGAAUGGCCUGUGUUCUGGACUUAUUUCAUAAUAGAUGGGGUCUUCAACAGUGAUGCCGUUCAGGUGCAAGAGUACCGCGAGGCCCUGGAGGGAAUAUUAAUCCGGGGCAAGGACGGGAUCCGCCUGGUGCCUGAGCUCUACGCCAUCCCACCUGACAAGGUGGAUGAAGAAUAUAAGAAUCCUCACACAGUGGACAGGGUUCCUCUGGGGAAGCUGCCCCAUCUGUGGGGCCAGUCCUUGUACAUCCUCAGCUCCCUGUUGGCAGAGGGAUUCCUGGCCACUGGUGAAAUUGAUCCCUUAAAUAGAAGAUUUUCCACUUCCGUCAAACCUGAUGUUGUAGUACAAGUGACUGUUUUGGCAGAAAACAACCACAUUAAGGAGUUGCUGAAGAAACACGGGGUGAACGUCCAGAGCAUUGCUGAUAUUCAUCCAAUCCGAGUCCAGCCAGGCCGGAUUCUUAGUCACAUAUAUGCCAAGCUAGGGCGAAAUAAGAAUAUGAAAUUGAGUGGGCGACCGUAUCGCCACAUUGGUGUCCUUGGAACAUCUAAACUAUAUGUGAUUAGGAACCAGAUUUUCACUUUCACCCCCCAGUUCACCGACCAGCAUCACUUCUACCUGGCGCUGGACAACGAGAUGAUCGUGGAGAUGCUGAGGAUCGAGUUGGCCUACCUGUGCAGCUGCUGGCGGAUGACAGGCAGACCCACGCUCACCUUCCCCAUCACGCACACCAUGCUCACAAAUGAUGGCUCGGACAUUCAUUCUGCUGUUCUUUCUACAAUUAGAAAACUAGAGGAUGGAUACUUCGGAGGAGCUAGAGUAAAAUUAGGGAGUCUUUCGGAAUUUCUCACCACCUCUUUCUACACGUAUCUGACCUUCCUGGAUCCAGACUGUGAUGAGAAGUUGUUUGACGAUGCCAGCGAAGGGAGCUUCAGUCCUGAUAGCGAUUCAGAUCUGGGAGGAUAUGUGGAAGACACCUGUAAUCAAGAAAGCCAGGAUGAACUUGACCAGUAUAUCAACCACCUCCUGCAAAGCACAUCCUUGAAGUGUUAUCUGCCACCUCUUUGUAAGAAGACAGAGGACAGCCAUGUUUUCAGUGCCAUCCACUCCACUCGGGAUAUACUUUCUGUAAUGGCAAAAGCAAAGGGUUUGGAAAUUCCAUUUGUUCCCAUGGCUUUGCCAACUAAAGUUCUAAGUGCCCACCGUAAAUCUCUGAAUCUUGUUGACUCUCCUCAGCCACUCCUAAAAAAGGCUCCUGAGGAUGACUUCCAGUUUCCCAGAGAUGACCGUGGCGACGUGGACUGUGAGAAGCUGGUUGAGCAGCUGAAAGAUUGUUCGAACCUGCAGGACCAAGCGGACAUUCUCUACAUUCUGUAUGUGAUAAAGGGUCCCAGCUGGGACACAAAUCUCUCUGGACAGCACAGGGUCACCGUGCACAACCUCCUGAGCGAACUCUACGGGAAAGCUGGCUUGCACCAGGAGUGGGGUCUGAUCCGCUACAUCUCUGGCCUGCUCCGGAAGAAAGUGGAGGUCCUGGCUGAGGCCUGCACGGACCUGCUGUCGCACCAGAAGCAGCUCACAGUGGGCCUGCCGCCGGAACCCCGGGAGAAGACCAUCUCUGCGCCUCUUCCCCCAGAGGAGCUCACCAAACUCAUCUAUGAAGCCAGCGGGCAGGACAUCAGCAUCGCUGUCCUCACACAGGAGAUUGUGGUGUACCUGGCCAUGUACGUCAGGGCGCAGCCCAGUCUCUUUGUGGAGAUGCUCAGACUCCGGAUCGGACUGAUCAUCCAGGUGAUGGCCACGGAGCUGGCGCGGAGCCUGAACUGUUCAGGAGAAGAAGCUUCUGAAAGUUUGAUGAACCUCAGCCCUUUUGAUAUGAAGAACCUCCUGCACCAUAUUUUAAGCGGGAAGGAGUUUGGUGUUGAAAGAAGCAUGCGACCCAUCCACUCCUCCACGUCCAGCCCUGCCAUCUCCAUCCACGAGGUGGGACACACGGGAGUCACCAAAACCGAGAGGAGUGGUAUCAACAGGCUGAGGAGCGAGAUGAAACAGAUGGCUAGGCGAGUUAGUGCUGAUGAACAGCUCUUUUCUGUGAGCCAGGCAACGUCGAGCAGCGCACACUCCUCCAAGUCCGCGAGGUCCAGCACCCCGUCCUCACCCACGGGCACGUCGUCAUCAGACUCAGGUGGGCAUCACAUUGGCUGGGGGGAGCGGCAGGGCCAGUGGCUGCGCAGGAGAAGGCUGGACGGGGCCAUCAACAGGGUCCCCGUGGGAUUCUACCAGAAGGUGUGGAAGAUCCUUCAAAAGUGCCACGGUCUGUCCAUCGACGGUUACGUGCUCCCAUCCUCGACGACGCGAGAGAUGACCCCGCAGGAGAUCAAGUUCGCUGUCCACGUGGAGUCCGUGUUGAACCGAGUGCCGCAGCCCGAGUACCGGCAGCUGCUGGUGGAGGCCAUCAUGGUGCUGACGCUGCUUUCGGACACGGAGAUGGGCAGCAUCGGGGGCAUCAUCCACGUGGACCAGAUCGUGCAGACGGCCAACCAGCUCUUCCAGCAGGACCAGGUGUCCAUCGGAGCCACAGACACGCUGGAGAAGGACCAAGCCACGGGCAUCUGCCACUUCUUUUACGACAGUGCUCCGAGUGGGGCUUAUGGGACAAUGACCUACCUAACAAAGGCGGUGGCGUCUCAUUUGCAGGAAUUGCUGCCCAAUUCAGGCUGCCAGAUGCAAUAGGGCCUCCGUGCUCUGUCACUUGCCUCCUAGCCUUGGGGGAACUUUCUUUUGCUUGCAGAGAUCCCCUGUGCUGUCACAAAUGCAUACCCCGUGAUAAGCACGGGCACAGAGGAGAUGGCAGUGACAGACCUGAAAGCAGUAUAUGUCCAAGCCACCGGAAGAGCCGCCGACUCCUGUGCCCCCUCAAGGAGCACCCUGGGAUUGUCAUCUACAUUCGUUCCUCUGGAACGUUUGUCACAGCAUCUGGUCUCCUGCAGUCUGAGGAGGAAUUGGAAAUUGGUCUCUUUUGAGUGCAGAGUGAAGUGAGAAGGCAGCUUAAAUCGGCUCUCGCAGAGUUACCACACAGGUUUGACGAGCUAGUGACACAUCUUCACGAUGCAAAGAUGCUUCCAGCAGCAGCACACCUUACGGCGGGGACCUCUUAACAGGAUGCAGUCUGUCUGCGGACCAAACUCUACUACGCAGAACAACCCUUUCUGUGGAAAUUAGGUUUUCCCGUGCCUUGCUUUCUUUCUUGGUCUCUUGUUUUAUUGGCCUAGCUACCUUCGUGUGACACAAUUCUCUCUAAGGUUUAGAAAACUGCUCCCAGUUAACUUUGGCUCUGGGUCUUCUAGGAAUUUAUCUUAGCUACCCAUGAAUUAGGGGUUUCUCCUGCCUUAUGAAAAAUCCACAUCUUCCAGAGUCUUGCCCCCACCCCCCAAAAGCCAAGUCUUCUUAGAGCUGGACCAGCUGUUCCUUGGGGGCUGGCGUAGGCAGGGAGUCCCUCUGGAAGGCCUGUGCGUCUGGCCCCGCGUGGGGUGGCGGCCCAGCAGCACUUCCUCCAUGUUCUGAGGGAGCCGCGAGGUGAGUUUCUCUCCAGGCGUCACCUUGUGGGGGACGGAGGAGUGGGGUGACAGGCUACAGGGAGAGGCGUUUGUGGGAAUCAUGGACUUGGAGAGAGUCACCUGGCGGCCUCGUGGCGAACUCGGGCUGGUUGAGGGUGAGGGCUUCGAUUGGUGAGGAUUCUGCCUCUGAAAUGGAAACGUGGCCAUUGGGUCUUGGCUCAGAGGAUUGCGUGACGGUGGAGAAAGCCAAAGCUUGGGCUGCUUUGUGGGGACAGUGAGCUGCCCGGGGCCCCUCAGAGGCAAGAUGCAGUCCUGAGUGGUUCCUGAAGCAGAGCAAAGGCCGGGGACGGUUCCUGCUAAAGAGCCUCUCUUCAGUCUAAGCCCGACCCUCUGGAGUUGCCCUAGGGAAAAGUCCGGAAGACCGCUCUCAGGCGGUCCCGGCUCUUUGGAGUGCAGGCACCGUUUCCAUGGGACUCGGAUGCCUUGGUUUCCUGGUUCUUUGAAUCCUCGCCGUGUUCCUUACUGAGGGACGGAGGACUUAGGUAGAGGCCCUGAGGUCUGGCAGCUUCUGCUCCAGCGCGCUCCGCAUCCCUUUCCCUUCCUAUUAAACGUGGUUAUAGCAAACCUUUCUCCUCCGAUUACUAGAUCCUUCCUUCAUCAGCACGUGCAGGACACCCUCGGUGCCAGGCCUGGGAACACAAAGAUGCAGGAGCUGGGGGGGCCCGGCGCUCCAGGGCCUCGCCCGUUGGAGGAAGGCCGGCGUGCGCCAGGAGCAGACUUCCAGGCCCCCCAGAGCCCUGGUGGCCAUGCGGCAGAGCCCAGAGAUGGUGUGGGGGGCCUGGCGCCGGGCCCGCCGGGCCCCCAGCCUUCCUGUUUGGGCCCCCUCUUUCCUUGGAAGCCUCUUUGCUCCCAUUCGCCACAGCCACGCACUUUCCGCAGCCGCGUUUUCUCAGCCUUUAUUUUUGCUGUCUUGAAGACGUGCUUGACAUAAACAAGACUCGUCCGGUGGGUCAUUUCCAACACAGAUAACGGAAGCCAGAUCGGCGCCGCGAAGGCCCGGCUGCUGCUGGGGCGAAGGCGCGGGAAGAGCGGGAGCCCGGCCCCCGCCAGCCAGGUGCCGAUUUGGAACCAUCGCCUGCCCCUGGAUGACGUGCAAAGCCGCAGAUGCUGUGCUUGGGCUCAGCAGCCGAGCCCGGCCGGGAGAAGAGCCAUAAUAAGCGAUUCCACUGAGCCUUCGAUUCACUCUUUUGAAACCUCUUUCAAAUGAAAUCCUGAAAUAGUACUGCAUUUCCACAGGCAUCAAGCUGUCAGCUUCAAAGAAGAGCAGGCUUCUGAGGUUUGAUCCCUUUCAUGAACAGCUGAGGCCCACGCGCCGCCGCCGCCACGAAGAGGAGCAGAUGUUGGAGGGGGAUGGGAGAGGCCUGUCCCGCCACCAUCCUGGCCUCGGUGGAGGGGCCGAGGUUUCCCCCCCAGGAGCUGCUGGCCUUGGCUCUGGGCGGGCAGCUAGCGGGCCACCCCCGGCACCGCAGUGGCCCUGGUCGAGGGGUGGGCCAGGGGAGCCUAGAGGCCAGCUUUGACCUUCACCAGAGUGGGGAGGGAGCAGGUUGUCUGUCUCGGGACCAGGAACAAACAUUUCUUGUCAUGUCCACAGCCAACCGCCCCCCCCCACCCCGGCCCAGGCCUGACCCAGGGGGCCCAGCAGCACAGAGGGCUUCGUCUCCACGUCAGCGGGAUGAGCCUUCCAUCCCGGCGCCAACACCAGCAGCUCCGGGACCUGGGCCAUUACUCAGCCUCUGUGGGUCUGAGUUUGCCCAUCUGUCAGACGUGCAAGCGGCCCACAGACUGGCAUGGGACUGAGCGCCAGGCAAUCACGGGAGCCCCUUGGCUCCCCCGCCCCUGGCAGUUGGAGGCCCAGGGCUUCCAGGUCACUGGAAGCCAAACCUGCCCGGUGCAGUCCUGCCAGGCUGGGGUGCGGGCGUCUCCCCGGCAGACCUCAGGGCGGGAGGUCAGUGAGAGCUCCCGCAGCGCUCCUGAGGCCCAGCCAACGGGAGAGAGAUCAUUACGCAAUAGCUGCCUGGCUGGGGAGGGUGUAAAGGCUCCUGAUGUAAAAAAAGAAAGAAAAACGACCAGAAGAUCAGGAGGAAAGAGAAACAGUUUGUCAGUUGAUUGAUGCCAUUUAUUUCUGGACAAGAAGACAGAAGGCUCGGCCUCGCUUGAUGUAAAUUACAGCAGACCGUCUCUCAGUUCUAUUGACUGGGCACAGGUCUGGCGAACCGCUUUUGUCUUCCCUGCUUCCUCGUUGUCAGAGGGACAAAAAGCCUCCCACCCCCUCCCUUGGCGCCAUUAUCUUUCAAGGUGACUCUGACGCUUUUCAAGUCCCUGCCAUCUGUUCUGUAUAGCUCUGCAUUUUGUCUGUUCCCAGAAUGACUUCUGUUCUCCCCAACCUGGCCAUUGAUAGCCCUGCUCAUGAGGGGCAAGUAAAGCCACCCUGCCACCUUCUUAGAGCCCAGUGUCCCCUUGUCCUCAGAGCCAUUUAGGAAAAGCCAGGUCCUUAAGUUACCAAGAGUUCUCUGAGGAACAAGAUGACCGGAAAGCAAGAGAGAGCGCUGCACAGCACUCGCUGGUUGGAAAGGACAAAUCCCAUCGGAAAAACAACUCUGUGUGUUUUUAAGGAACAUAGGUGCAACUCUGGCAAAUAUGCCUUCUCCUUAGAAGGUCUGUAAUCAUCGGAACCAGGGACCUCUGAAGUCACACGAUUCACCCCUCGGCCUUGUUGCAAUAUGUCAACUGUUUUGAGACAUGAAUUGCUCACGCAAGUGUUUCCUGUGGGCCUGUUCCUGGCCAGGCAUUGCUAGGCCCGCAGAACGUGGACCCGGGCGGCCGGGAUGAAGAAACGCCGUCUCACCUGGGAAGACCUCAAGGGAGGCCCGUUGUCCAGCCUCCUGUGGAAGCAGUCCUAGCACUGGUCCACCAGGACAGCCACGUCUCGAACCCCGAUCCUGAGUGGCUUUGGACCAUCUCUUAGCAGGGGGGCUACCAGAUGCUUCUGCCUCUGGCUGGUGGGCUGAGGAGCCAGGCUUUGUAAAGGGUGUGGUUUCAAGCUGUCCGAUCAGCACCAAGAGGCCUCGAAACGAGGCCCAGGGCAACAGGUGCACCUUCCAUUUUUCCAUUUUCAAAGACCUUUCCAGAUACAAACCCAGGGUAGACCUGCCAGGGAGAAUUGACAGUACCCGGCUCUGUUCUCUCAUCGCCUCCGUGUCACCUUUCAGCUCUGGGCCGGGAUUAGCUGUGAAUCGCAGACCGCAACUCUAGCUGGGUGGCAAACGCGUUUCUUCUGGGAUAGCGGAUGACUCGCAUCAUCACCAGACCUGGUGGCUCCUCGGCCAAGAACAAGGCCCCAUGUCACCCCUGGGCUCACACCCUGGGGCUUACACCACAGAUGCCCCCAGCGCUGACCACUGUCACUAGGACCAUGACCACUGCUCUUUCAGAGGCUACACACAGAGACUGCCACCUGUCACCAGGGUAGGUCUCACACACCGGCUAGAUGUCAAGUCAGAUUCCGGCCGGUGUGUGGCAGCAGCGGCGGGGUUGCCAGCUGAGAGGGAGGUUGGAAAAGCCAGUAUCUGAGAGUCCUUAAAUGGAGGUGGGACCAGCUUCAGAAUUUGGGGGACCCCACCAGACCCAGGAAGGGGGUUCAGAUGCUGAGCAUCCAAAAUGAAGUGUCCACUACAUCCAGGGCCCUUGGCUUGUAUUCCUCUGUCCAGGAAGACCCACAUGCUCCCCCGGGUCUGCCCUUGGGCUGGGGGGCUUGUGCAGCCAGAGUCCAGAGGGUGUGCACGGCCCCCUCUGGGCUGUCAUAGGAACACCCCUGCCAACAGAGAGAAGCGAAGUCCAAGUGGCUGGGUCGCCGCUACCCAGCAGACCACCUCCCACCACUCAGCUUCCAAGGAGCUGUCGCCAAGCUCCUGGCACACCAGCCCAAACAGCCGUGGAGCCCAAGUGACAGCUCAGCUUGACUGGGACAAGACGCAAACGAUUGUCACAUCUUUCCUUCUAAGUCUUUAGCCGGCUGGGGAGGGUUAAAAAUAAAGAGUGGGGAGUUUCCAUUGUGGCGCAAAAGAAAAGAAUCCGACCAGGAACCAUGAGGUGGCAGGUUCGAUCCCUGGCCUUGCUCAUGGUGUAGGUUUCAGACGCAGCUUAGAUCCUGCAUUGCUGUGGCUGUGGUGUAGGCCAGUGGCUACAGCUCCGAUUGGACCCUUAGCCUGGGAACCUCCAUAUGCCGUGGGUGUGGUCCUGAAAAGCCAAUAAAAUAAAGAGUGGAAACUGAUUUGGGGUGGAA